UAAAGACACAGACUCACAAACAGCCGAUCAGAAUCACCUUCAGACCAAACAAACAACUUCCUCUGAGCAAGUUCAGCUACAGGAGAGAGAAACUGCUUCAACCUGUGGACGCUCAACACGCUGAACCUUCACGCAGAGACAAAAUGACUCUCAGGCUGAAGGGGGUUCGCUGCAGUCUGCACUCUGGGAAACUCCAACUCUUCUGUCUGGACCAUCAGCAGCCGGUGUGUCUCGUCUGCAGAGACUCAGAACAACACACCAACCACAGAUUCAGACCCAUCGAUGAAGCUGCACGACAACACAAGAAGGAACUUCAGGAAACUCUGGAGCCUUUAAAGAAGAAGUUAAAGCUUUUUGAAGAAGUUAAAGUGAAGCUCAAUCAGACAGCAGAACACAUGAAGGUCCAGGCCCGACACACAGAGAGGCAGAUUAAGGAUCAGUUUAAGAAGCUGCACCAGUUUCUAGAAGAGGAAGAGGAGGCCAGGAUGGCUGCACUGAGGGAGGAAGAGGAGCAGAAGAGUCAGAUGAUGAAGGAGGUGGCUGCAAAGAUGAAGGCUCUGAGCAAAGAUAUAGCAGCUCUUUCACACACAGUCAGAGCCACAGAGGAGCAGCUGAGAGCGAAAGACGUCUCGUUCCUGCGCAACUACAAGGCUGCAGUGGAAAGAGUCCAGCAGCGCCCCCUGCUGGAGGAUCCACAGCUGCCCUCAGGAGCUCUGAUAGACCAGGCCAAACACCUGGGCAACCUGAGCUUCAACAUCUGGAACAAGAUGAAGGACAUGGUCUCCUACACUCCUGUGGUUCUGGACCCAAACACUGCUCAUCCAAACCUGAUCCUGUCUGAAGAUAUGAGCAGUGUGAGACGAGGAGAGACACAGAAGCUUCCUGAUAAUCCAGAGAGGUUUGAUUAUUACUGGUUUGUCCUGGGCGCUGAGGGCUUUAACUCAAGGACUCACAGUUGGGAGGUCGAGGUUGGAGACAGUACAGGCUGGACACUGGGUGUAUUGGCAGAGUCUGUCCAGAGGAAAGGAGACAUACUGUCUGAUGUUUGGGGAAUAGAUUUUGAUGAAGGUAAAUACUCAGCUUGCUCACCAUCAGCUCCACUCACUGAUCUUGUAGUGCAGAAGAAGCUCCAGAGGAUCAGAGUCAAUCUGGACUGGACCGGAGGGAAGCUGUCGUUCUAUGAUCCUGACAGUAACACACACAUACACACCUUCACACACACUUUCACUGAGAAGAUGUUUCCAUACAUUAACACUGUGGAUGAUGUGAAGAUUUCACCACUGAAGCUGUGUGUGGCAGUGAAACACAGCAGAUAGAGAUGAAGAGGCUGUUCAUAUUUACGAUGUUUCUGUCUUAAAGACAAAAGUUACAUAGUUUAAGCUGCACCUGCUCCUCCUGCUGCCUCAGUGUUACAGAUGUCUUCAUUUUUCUUUUAUUGUUUUUAUUGUUUUGUUUUUCUUUUUGUUGUUAUGUAGUUUGGCGGUCAGCUUUCUUUCUGCUGUCGACCUUUUCAUGUAUAAAAUGUCAUGUUUGGUUCUGUUCAAUUAAUUGCGCCUGAUUUUGAAUUGUUGCUCAUGUUAUUAUUUUGACUUGUGUGGAGUCAUCAAGAGCAGCAACCACUUAAAGGAAGAUGACAAAUAUGGAAAAAAUGUUUUUACAGCUAAUCAUUGUUCAGAACCAACAAACCAUGAAAAUUCAUCUUUAAAUGAUUAAUGAAAUGUUAAUGAUAUGUAAAAUGUAUGUGUUAAAACAUAAUGUUUGCACAACUGUCUGUAUGAGUUGUCUGUAUAUUAAAGGUGGGCCACUUCUGUUCAAGGUGGACGUAUCA